AUGGCCAUCAACGCACGUUUCCCUCCAGAAAUUUUAGACGCCAUCUUCGAAGAGUAUCUUUCAGGGACCAUUUUAUCGGUAGACACGAAAAAUACCUUCUUCGCCGUCUCCGAAGUCUGCACACUAUGGCACAAGAUAUCCACCCGGCUCAAGAAAAGGUCCAAUGCAUGGACACGCCUGCACAUCCAUGUACCUGAUUCGCAAGGCCGCACACCGGUUUACCCCAUGCUCAACUUUUGGCUCACCAACUCUCGAGACGAACCGCUCGAUAUCGUAAUGCACAUGGGGAAAUACUGUUCCGGGAGGGGUGCCAUAGAGAAUGCACUCUUAAAGCAUAUCGGAAGAGCGCGGUCUCAGACGCACGGCAACCCAUUGUGGAACCUCGAGCUGCUACGCUCGUGCUUCUCCCUAGCACCGCGCCUCCAGACUGUGUGGUAUUGUGGAAACAUGCUCGCGGCGACCGCGAGAGAUGGAGAUGAGGAUGAGGAUGUCAAUAAUAAAGCGAUUUCCGUGCAUAAAUCACAGAGUCAUCUGGCGCUGGAGUACGCCGGCGAGGACUACCAUAGCAUGCGCUCGGCUGGGGCAAUGGUACUCUUGCUACAGGAGCUGAGGCCAGUACUGCGCUCCCUGGCGCUGCGUGUCCCCAUGAAUGCUGAGGACCCGAGUGAUGUAUACACUACAUUGGGAGUCGAACUGGAGGAGCUGCAGGAGUUAACAAUAUCGGAAUCGGACAAUCUACUAGCGUUCUUGCCCCGCAUACGCGCGCCGAACCUUAAGGGCCUCAAGAUCUGCCGGUCUACAGAAGACGAUGUGACCGCAAACGAGCAGGCGGGAAAAUGCGUGCUUGACUUCUUGACGCUUUCCCAUUUGCCUCCGAUUUCUGAGUUGGAGCUAAACGGCGUCCAGAGUAUCAAAGAGGAAGAUUACGCCCGCAUAUUUGGCUUGUUGCCUUUGCUCCAAACGCUCGUCAUCCGUAACAGCACGAUCUCGGACAUUGCUUUAGAGACUCUCAACAUGAACGGUUCGGACAAGUUUUGUCAAUUGCUAAAGCGGCUCGAUCUGAUCAAUUGUGAAAAUGUUCAUGGGAAGACCAUCUACGACGUCGUCAGUAGCCGCCUUGCGAAGUGUGUUCUUGGUCGUGGAGAACAAACUUCCGGGAUUCAAAUCACGGUGGAAGAAUGUGCAUUUAGUUGGUGA